AUGAGAUUCCAACCCAAAGGGUUGCCAUUGCAACAAGACGAGUCUCGUCCAGACUAUUGCAACGAGGCAGUGUUUAGGAGAAACUGCCUGCCUACUCGCUCCCAUCACAUCUCCGAGACGUCAUUGCUGUUGAAUGGUAGUUGGGACUUUCACCUAGCUUCCUCUCCUGCAGAGUCACCAGAUCCCACUACGUUCAAAUCUGUUCCUUGGGAGAAGUUGACGGUCCCAGGCCAUUGGCAGCUACAAGGCUAUGGCAAGCCUUGGUACACCAAUGUACAAUACCCGAUUCCUGUUUGUCCACCAUAUGUGCCUACAGAAAAUCCAACAGGUACCUACCGACGCAUCUUUCAUGUGCCGUCAACGUGGUCAGGAGAUUCUCAGCUUCGACUGAGGUUCGAUGGAGUUGACAGUGCAUACCACGUCUGGGUGAACAAGAAAUUAGUUGGAUAUGCUCAAGGAUCUAGAAACCCUUCAGAGUUUGACAUUUCAGAUUUUGUGCAUCGAAAUGAGUCCAAUGAAGUGGUCGUCAAGGUCUAUCAGUGGAGCGACGGCACCUAUAUUGAAGACCAAGAUCAGUGGUGGCUAUCUGGAAUAUUCCGAGAUGUCCAUUUGAUAUCUUUUGCCAAAGACAUCAGAAUUGAGGAUUGGUUUCUCCGAACUGACCUAGACGAAAAGUAUGAAAACGCCACUCUGCAGGCUGCUGUGGACCUCUUCACCACCAGCGAAGGGAAGCUGUCAAUCUCGGUCUCUGAGCUUGACAAGAACGGUGGCGAGAGGCUUGUGUCGGCAGAAACGACUGUCAACAAAGGUGAUACCAAAGCUGAGAUAAGCCUUCAAGUUUCCAACCCCAACAAGUGGACUGCAGAGACCCCAUACCUGUACAAUGUGGACAUAACUCUGAGCAACCAGAACGCCGCACCACAGACCGUCCGACAGCGCAUUGGAUUUCGAAAAGUUGAGCUCAAGAAUGGUCUGAUGACUGUAAACGGUGUUCGAAUCCAUCUACGGGGAACAAAUCGCCAUGAGCAUCAUCCUCACUUUGGUCGCGCCGUGCCCCUGGAGUUUGCAAAGCGUGAUCUAAUUCUCAUGAAGAAGCACAACUUCAACGCUCUGAGAUGUUCACAUCAGCCAAACCACCCAGAGCUACUGGAUCUAUGCGACGAACUGGGUCUCUGGGUCAUGGAUGAAGCCGACUUGGAGUGUCAUGGCUUUUACGAUGCCGUAGCUCGACCCCUGGAUAUCCCUGAAGAAAUGGACUACGAAAAGCGGAAGCAACUGGCUUUCCCCCAAGCAGCCCAGUAUACCACGAAUAAUCCGUCGUGGAAGGCAGCCUACCUCGACAGAAUGGAGUGCCUCAUUCAACGGGACAAGAACCACACCAGUGUCAUAAUGUGGAGUCUCGGAAACGAAGCCUUCUAUGGCAAUAACCACAAAGCAAUGUACGCUUACGCAAAGAAAGUCGAUCCUGGAAGACUCGUUCACUACGAAGGAGAUGCGCAUGCCGAAACGGCAGACAUGUACAGCUACAUGUAUCCGUCGGUUAAAAGAAUAAUCAAACUCGCAAAAGAAGAAGGUGUUGUAAACGGCAAGUUCGAAAAGCCAAUUAUCUUGUGCGAAUACGCGCACGCCAUGGGUAAUGGGCCGGGAUGGCUGGAAGAUUAUGAGAAUGCGUUCCGCGAAUACCCGCGUCUGCAGGGCGGCUUUAUCUGGGAAUGGGCGAAUCAUGGUCUUUGGAAAGAAGAUGCCGGUUAUUAUGCGUAUGGAGGUGAUUUUGGCGACGUUCCAAACGACGGUACUUUUGUCAUGGACGGGUUGUUGAGCAGUGAGCAUCAUCCUACGCAUGGUCUGCUGGAGUUUAAGGCUGUCAACCAUCCUGUUCGGUUCGAGGUGAAGGAUGGUCAGCUUGUGGUUGAGAAUUGCUACAAUUUUGCCGACCUAAGUCACUUAGCUGCUACAUUCAAGUUGGAGGAGUUCGGUGAAGAUGCUCAUGUACUCGCUUCUGGACCAUUGCAGCUGCCAGCCGUGCAGCCUGGCACCACAUCGUCUAUCCCGCUUCCGGAUGCUGUGGCCAAAUACAAGAGCAAGGAGGAAGUCUAUCUAACCAUCUCUGUCAAACUUGGCCAAGAGACUUCUUGGGCAACGGCAGAGCAUGAGGUAGCAUGGUUCCAGCACCGACUGCAGCAAUCGGUCAAGCCCGCAUCUCCGUCCGUUACCUUGGACAAGCUAUCUUCCAAACUGCGAGUCUCCUCUGAAGGUGCUAUCAUUACCGUAUCUGGAAUCAAUUUCACGUACCGGUUUGAUCAAGCCCGUGGCGUUAUCAAAAGCUGGAUCGCAAACGAGCAAGAAAUACUGGAAACAGAUCCAGCCGUCGGGGCAGCUCUAUACUCAUCCUUCUGGAGACCAGCCACUGACAAUGACGUCCCCCAGUCUUUGCCAUACUGGCAACGUUUUGGAGUUGACCAGCUUACCAGUCAACUUCGCUCGCUUCACGUCGAUACUUCCCAGCAAGACAGGGUGGUCGUCAGAGCUCACACCUUCAUUACCCCUCCUGUUCUCGCAUGGGGAUUCGACUGCGAGAUUGACUACAUCAUCUCAAACACCGGUCUGCUACGUAUCAAUGUCACGCGCCUCGCCGCAACAGGGUCUAUACCAGAUCACAUUCCUCGAAUUGGCUUCAACUUGCGCCUAAACAAAGCGCUAGACAAAGUGAAAUGGUUUGGUCGCGGACCCGGCGAGAGCUACCCUGACAAGAAGGCGUCUCAGCGUCUCGGCAUCUGGAAGGUCGACUCUGUACCUGAUCUACAUACGCCGUAUGAUGUUCCCCAAGAGAAUGGAAAUAGAAUGGACACUCGGUGGGUGACGCUUACAAACACCGCUCCUGACCCAUCUGGUAUUCGAGCUCGGCGCAUUGGCGACAACGCAACAUUUAGCUUCGUUGCCAGCCGUCAUAGUGCUGAGACUAUUCAAGCUGCUAGACAUCCUCCGGAUCUCGUGGAAGAGAAUGCUACUCUGUUGAGACUGGACGUUGAAGUUGCUGGGGUUGGCACGGGGGCUUGUGGGCCAGGCGUGCGGGAAGAUUUGAAGGUUAAAUGUAAGGAGAUGUCUUUUGGAUUUGAACUAGAGGCCAUUUAG